GGCAUAGGUUGAGUUAGGUUAUCACUUGCCGCGUGCAAUAUACUACUACAUAUUUUAAACAUAUCUUCACACAUUCUAAUCUAUUUCAGUGUAGAAUCACACACUGGAUAUACGUAUUAUAAUUGUACAAGCAAUUUCUAAAUAUUCGUUCAUUUUGAAGAAAGUGAUAUGGCGAAGUGUUUGAGCGCAAAAAUCGGACCGUCGAUUUUAAACGCUGACUUGGCACAACUUUAUGAAGAAUCGCAAAAGUUACUUGAUAAUGGCGCGGAUUACUUGCACUUAGAUGUGAUGGAUGGUCACUUUGUUCCUAAUCUUACGUUCGGUCAUCCUAUUGUAAAGUGUCUUCGUGGUAAAAUAAAAAAUGCCUUUUUCGAGACACAUAUGAUGGUAUCUAAUCCAGAACAAUGGAUCGAGCCCAUGGCUGAUGCUAGUGUGGAUCAAUAUACAUUCCAUGUCGAGCCAGUAGAAGAUGUACCUCUAAUCUGUAGAAAAGUAAAGGAAGCAGGAAUGAAGGUUGGUGUGGCACUUAAACCAGGGACAUCUGUAGAUGUGAUAACAGAUUAUGUCGAUCUAGCCGAUAUGAUCUUAAUAAUGACUGUAGAACCUGGCUUCGGUGGGCAGAAAUUUAUGGAACCAAUGUUACAGAAAGUCGCAUGGUUAAGAGAGAAUUAUCCUGGAUUAGAUAUUGAGGUUGAUGGUGGGGUUGGACCAACUACAAUUGAAGCCUGUGCAAAGGCUGGUGCUAAUAUGAUUGUGUCUGGCACAGCUGUCAUAGGUUCCACUGAUCAAGCUAAAGUAAUUACAACUCUUAGAGAUACGGUAAAUUGUUAUUUAGGUCACGAUCACUCAAAAUAGUAACAACAAUUGAAAAUUAUGUGAAUACGCAAAGCAUUUUUGAGAAAACAUUUAACAUUUUUAUAAAAAUAUAUGUACAAAAAUCUGAAUAUAUUUAUGAAUAUAUAAAAAGAGUUAAUAUGACAAGAUUCAAUAUGAUUUUAGAAACAA